AUGACGACCAUCUGUCCGACUCCCAACUCUCCACCCGAGCUAUCGGGGUCCAAGUCCUCCAAGUCCUCCUCCUACCGAUCCUCCCAGCUCUCCGGUCCCGAUACCAUUUUCACCGAUAUCCAUAAUUUCGAGGAGAUCGGUCUGGAAGAUGACGCGGAUCUGCACAUGAAUGGCAUCACCGAGGCCUACAGCAAGCCCACCGUGCUGGCACGUUCCGCAACCGCCAGGCUGCAGGCCAAGGCUCCGAUCACCACCACUCGUGACUUGACGUCGACCGUCAAACCGACAAGAACACCCUAUCCGUCGCUGAAAGAGCAGGUGACUGGAGCAUUGGCCCGGCCGAAGCGCAGCAGCUCCAAGCUCCGGGCCAACAACCACCGCACCCCCAAUCCCACCGGUCCCCCCUCGUUACCGAUCCAGCCGUCCAGACCGCAUCGGCCGCGAUCCAUUUCGCCGCUUCCCACACCGCCCAAGACGGGCACGUCGCCCUCCUCCGCGCAGAACCUGGCGGUCUCGCCCGUCAAUGGCCGCCCUUCCCUCAGCCGCAGGAAUUCAUGGCAGCGAUCACCCCGCAAGACCCUGAAGGAGCUGGAGGCCGAAUAUCAUGAAUCGGACGAGGAAUUGCCCGACGAUACAAGCCUGUGGAAUGUACCCAUCUCCCCCCGGCCCAUGCAGGAUCGAGCUUCGUCGCGAGCCACAAGUCCCGAAGGCCGCAGUCCGGCGCCGCGUCCGCUACCCUUCUCGCAUUCCGUGUCCGACAUGUCCGGACUGUUGACCACGGGUCCCAAGUCCCCGCAAGCGUCUCGAUCGAACCGGCACAUAGUGCGCUCCAGCUCCGCGGGUCCUGAGCGGGGCCAGAUCUCGCCUCGCAAUCCCCGCAUCUACUCGUACAACAACAUGAUGUCCGACCUUUCGGAAGAGGCCAAGAUUAUCACCGAGGCCUUGGAGUGGCACGCAGAUGAGCGCCAGCGCCAGCGCGCGGAGAACCUGCAGAACGGCAUCUCCUCGUUGCGGUCCAGCGCGGAAUCGAAGCGCGACUCCAAGACGACCAUCGAGUUGCCUCCGCUGCAGAAGUCCAAUAUCAUGAUCGACCCGCUGCCCAUCAGCAAGGAAAAAGAAAAGGUCCUGACGCGAACCCGGCCGAGCUGGCUCCCGCCCAAGGAUCAAAAGGAGGAGAGGAAGCAUCUCAAAGAGUACAAGAGGAUGAUGGCGCUGUCGCGAGAAGCAGACAAGCGCCGAGCCGCCAAGGCCGCCUCAGCGAAAUGCGAAAAGGACAACACGCGGGAGGCUCUCCAGCGCAUCUGGGAUGAGUACGUGUUUCCCAACUGGGACCGCGCGGUCAACGAGACCCGGACGCGGGAGCUGUGGUGGCGUGGCGUGCCUCCCCGCCAUCGGGGCCUGACCUGGCAGCGCGCCAUCGGCAACGAACUCUCGCUUUCGGAAGAGACGUACAAAAAGGCGCUGCAAAGGGCCAAGGACGUGCGCGCGAAAUCGGACAGCGAGGCGGGCGAGAGCAACAAGCGCAUGCGCGAGUGGUUCGAUGCCAUCGAGGCCGACGUCUCCACCGCGUUUCCGGAUCUAAACCUCUUCCAGGAAAACGGUCCACUGCGCGAUACAUUGAUCGAUGUGCUCGAGGCGUACUCCAUGUAUCGCAGCGACGUGGGAUACGUCAGCGGCCUUCACACCAUUGGCGCCCUUCUCGUGCUCCAAUUCCCUUCCCCCUCGUCCGCGUUCCUUGCGAUGGCCAACGUGCUCAACCGCCCACUACCCGUCGCUUUUCUCACGUUGGACCGCGGCGCUAUCGGGCGUACGUAUUCGCUGGCGUCUGCGACGCUCCGCUACAAGUUCCCCCGCCUGGCCACCCACCUCUCCGAGACGCUGCAACUCAGCGACGAGGAGAUCUGGGAGCCCAUGUUCCGCUGCCUGCUCACCAACGGCCUGGACCUCGAGCGCAUCAGCCGCGUCUGGGACUGCUGGGUGUUCGAGGGCGAUCGCAUUAUGAUCCGCGCCGCCGUCGCGGUCCUCGGCUGCUUGCAGCCCCAGUUGUUUGGAUUCACCCAGCCGGACGACCAGGGUCGUGCCGCUGUGCGAAACAUCCUCGGCUCCGGCCCCCACCACCUCGGAAGCAACAAGCCUGCUGCACGGCACAGCGCGCCCGCGGCCCCGACCCCGGCGACGGGCUUCGGCGGCGGCCAAUUCGCCAGCACCGAGGCGGGCGAUUACUGGAUACUCACCGCGGCAGGGGACGAGGAUGGGUUUAUGAACGAGGUGCGCGAAGCGGGCAAAGUGCGGGAUUAG